AUUCUGUCCCCCACCACCUCUGUCAGCAGCAAAGCCCGGGGAUGCUGAAGCAGAGCAGAAACGUAUCGGAAGCGACACCAGUGUGAGUAGGAUGAGGACUCAGGGUGAGAUGUAAAUGGAGAUGCAGCACUUUCGCCAACAAACCGGACCUUCAUUGAAUUUUAAAGUGCUUCAUAUUAAACGGGAAGCAGCAUCUCUCCUCUCCAAAGCAAUCCAUUAUUGACGAUUAAUGUCAAACUGCAUGCUUGAGCAGCUUAAUGCUGCCUCACUGGGUGGAACAUCACUGAUGGAAGGAAAACCUCAUAAGACUCAGCUCAUCAAAUUACACCUAAGAGAAGCAUGAUGCCUUCAAAAGUAUCAUGUUUAUACAUACUGACAGUGGUCUGCUGGGCCAGCGCCUUGUGGUACCUGAGCAUUACACGCCCAACAUCCACCUAUGUGGGCCACAUGGCUGUGCCUAAACGCCGGAUUGUGAAACCGCCUCCUAAAAACAUCACAUUUUCCAACAUCCGCACACGCCCCCUCAACCCUCAUGCCUUUGAAUUUUUAAUAAAUGAGCCGAAAAAGUGCGAGAGCGUCACGCCUUUUCUGGUUAUACUCAUCAGUACCACGCACAAGGAGUUUGACGCACGGCAGGCCAUCCGGGAGACCUGGGGCGACGAGAGCACCUACAGUGACAUACACAUUCUCACCAUCUUUCUUCUUGGCAGAAACACGGAUGAUGUGCUUAACCAGAUGGUGGAGCAGGAGAGCCAGAUCUUCCAUGACAUUGUAGUAGAGAACUUUAUCGAUUCAUACCAUAAUCUCACACUCAAGACAAUGAUGGGCAUGCGCUGGGUAGCGACAUUCUGCCCAAAGGCGCAAUACGUUAUGAAAACUGACAGUGACAUCUUUGUCAACAUGGAUAAUCUUAUAUACAAGCUUCUGAAGCCCAGCACUAAGCCCAGAAGGAGGUACUUUACAGGAUAUGUGAUAAAUGGUGGUCCCAUCAGAGAUAUGCGCAGUAAGUGGUACAUGCCCAGAGACUUGUACCCUGAAAACAAAUACCCACCGUUCUGCUCAGGUACUGGUUAUGUCUUCUCAGCAGACGUAGCAGAGCUAAUCUACAAGACUUCGUUGCACACAAGGCUGUUGCAUCUGGAGGACGUGUAUGUGGGAAUGUGUUUACGUAAACUAGGCAUACACCCUUAUCAGAACAGUGGGUUUAAUCACUGGAAAAUGGCCUAUAGUCUCUGUAGAUACAGGCGUGUUAUCACAGUUCACCAGAUCCCACCGGAAGAGAUGCACCGCAUUUGGAAUGACAUGUCCAGCAAGAAGCACCUGAGAUGUUAGGGAUUAUGAAUGACAACUUCAAGUUAUUCAACUGACCCUUUUCCCCAAUGUAUCCUGUUACAUAUUGUCACUUAAUCAUGUAAGAUCUGCAGCUGCUUCUGCAACCCUCAGUUUUUUGUUUUGUUUUGUUUUUUAUGGAUUU